AAAAACCUUCCCGGCACCGGCGACCGAUCAAUCAGAAUCCCAAGAAAAAGAAAAAGGAACAGUCAUCGGCGAGAUGGCAGGCGUAUCGCUGCAGUGUGGCGACUGUGGGACGCUAUUGAAAUCAGUAGAAGAAGCUCAAGAGCACGCCGAACUCACCAAACACACCAAUUUCUCCGAAUCCACAGAGCCGGUUCUCAACCUCGUCUGCACCUCCUGCGGCAAACCCUGCCGCUCCAAAACUGAGAGCAAUUUGCACACAAAGAGGACAGGACAUGCAGAGUUUGUGGAUAAGACAUCAGAGGCAACAGCACCAAUAAGUUUGGAGGCUCCAAAAGUCAGUGAUGAUGUAGCAAUGGGGGAGGCAGGUGACAGCAGUAGUAGUGGUCAGCAAGAAGAGAUGGUGGUUCCUGAAGUUGACCAAAAGUUGCUUGAAGAACUUGAAGCAAUGGGGUUUCCUAAAGGAAGGGCUACUCGAGCACUCCAUUAUUCUGGAAAUGCUAGUCUUGAAGCUGCGGUAAAUUGGGUAGUUGAACAUGAGAAUGAUCCGGAUAUUGAUGAAAUGCCAUUGGUGCCUGCCAGCGCCAAGAAAUCCGAGGCUUCAAAACCUUCUCUUACUCCGGAAGAGAUAAAGAAAAAGCAGCAGGAGCUGAGGGAAAGGGCUCGUAAGAAGAAAGAAGAGGAAGAGAAAAUAAAGGAAAGAGAAAGAGAAAAGGAAAGAAUACGAGUGGGUAGAGAAUUGCUUGAAGCAAAGAGAAUUGAGGAAGAAAAUGAAAGAAAACGUUUGCUUCUAUUGCGGAAAGCGGAGAAAGAGGAAGAAAGAAAAGCUUUGGAAAAGGUUCGUCAGAAAAUGGAGGAAGACAAGGCAGAAAGAAGACGGAAACUUGGUUUGCCUCCAGAGGAUCCUAGUACGACUGUAAAACGUUCUGCACCUGUUGUGGAGGAAAAGAAGAGCUCAUUACCAGUGAGACCAGCUACAAAAGCAGAGCAAAUGAGAGAAUGCCUGCGGUCCCUCAAACAAAAUCACAAGGAUGAUGAUGCGAAAGUGAAGACUGCUUUUAAUACACUUUUAACGUUUGCAAAGAAUGUGGCAACUAAUCCGAAUGAGGAGAAAUUUCGAAAAAUUCGACUUACCAAUGCUGCCUUUCAGGACAGAGUCGGAAAACUCAAAGGAGGCAUUGAAUUUCUGGAGCUUUGUGGAUUUGAGAAACUCGACGGUGGUGAGUUCUUGUUUCUUCCUCGAGAAAAGGUGGAUAUCGCCGUGCUUAAUACAGCUGGAAGCGAGUUGAACAGUGCAAUUAAUAAUCCAUUUUUUGGGGUUCUUUAAGUUACAUCUCAGAUUUGAAGCUGCGGUGUAAAGGAUGGGAGUACUCUUAUAACCGUUUUGUUUUUAUUCCCCCCUAGUUUACUGAAAAUACAAGAAGUCGUUCAAAUGUUUUCUGGUGGAAAAACCCGUUUAAAUUUUUUAAGGAUUGACCUGUUCUUGGAGGAUAAGAGUCUUUGUUGGUUGUUGUUUGCAUUAAAAUGAGCAUUUGCUUCUUGCCGUUGAGAAAGGGGAAUUAGUAUGGGAGAUAUUUUACAAAGCCAUUAUCACAGUUAUUCUCAGUUGUAGAAUC